AUGGCUCAGCAGGGUUCUUUUAUACAUGGAGUCUUACAUGACAACGACAAGCCCUCGGUUGAAGUUGAAGCUCUAAGGGGGCACCCGGAUGUUCUGCCUCAAGCUUAUGACUUGAAGAUGAGAGCGGUUGCUUAUUGGAAGAUUGUCUUGCGAAGGUUGGUGGAUUCCAUGGCUUUGCAUUUGCAGUUGACACUUUCAAACCUUGCGGACAAAGAGAUAGAAACUUAA